AUGGCGUCGCCUUCUCACAAAGAUUCGACCCAGCAGGGCUCAUUCCUAAGCCCUGUUGCCGUGUCAUAUCCUUCUGGCACAGAGCGCUCGUUUUCCGUGGAAUCUGCAGCAGCAUCAUCUUCAUUCACUGGCCCGACAGCAGACCUAGACCAGGACCCAAAUACCCUAAAAUCAUUUCUCUCGCCAGACAUGGCGUGGACUCAGAAUCCAGAUCGGCUCACAGUCCAUCAUGCUUCCCGUCAACCCUCAUCGUCGAUUGGCGGCGUCACCAUGCGUCCGCGCUCAAUUUCGUACGCUUCAACCACGGAUACGUUCGUUCACUCGGAUGCUGGCUCAAACGCCAGUUACCAAGCCCAUAUGAACAACGCAGCUGAUGACUUUACGUUAUUUUCCGAAGCGUUAACGCCAGAUCCUCGCUAUAGGGCCGAUUUUCAAGUUUCUAAUAAUUGCUUUGCCUUUUCGCCGGGCCAGCUGAACAAGAUGCAGAACCCCAAAUCUCUUGCCGCCUUCCAUGCCCUAGGUGGCUUACAAGGGCUGAGACGGGGCCUGCGGACAGACAUUAAUGCGGGUCUAUCAGUUGACGAGAGUCGGCUGGAAGGCACUGUCGAUUUUCAACAGGUGACGCCGCCGCUGUACAACAGGAAGUCCUCAAUCAGCAAACCCACGCAGGAGAUCGAUUCCAAACUCAUCUCGGCACCAGUAUCAACUUGCGGUGGCUCGCCCUUUGAAGACCGUAUCCGUGUCUUCGGCCAAAAUCAACUUCCUGCUCGAAAGUCCACUGGGUUCUUGAAACUCUUUUGGAUUGCUUAUAAAGAUAAGAUUAUUAUUUUGCUGACCAUCGCCGCUAUUGUGUCAUUGUCUCUGGGAAUAUACGAGAGUGUGGAUGGGGGUACGGGUGUUGAGUGGGUGGAAGGUGUGGCUAUUUGCGUGGCGAUUUUGAUCGUCACCAUCGUCACGGCUGCCAAUGACUGGCAGAAGGAAAAGCAAUUUGCUAAACUUAACAAGCGGAAUGACGAUCGCGAGGUCAAAGUGAUCCGCUCGGGCAAAUCUAGGAUGAUGUCUGUCUACGAAGUUAUGGUCGGCGAUGUUCUGCACCUAGAGUCCGGAGACUCUAUCCCUGCUGAUGGCAUCUUGAUAUCUGGCCAUGGCGUGAAAUGCGACGAGUCAUCUGCUACGGGUGAGUCUGAUCAGAUAAAAAAGAUCGACGGACAGGAAGCCUGGCUGCAGAUUAUUGAGGGCCGAGCGACGAGGAAGCUCGAUCCAUUCCUGAUCUCCGGAAGCAAAAUCCUUGAAGGAGUGGGCACAUACCUGGUUACUAGUGUCGGUCCAUAUUCCACGUAUGGUCAGAUCAUAAUGUCGCUGCAGACGUCGAACGAUCCUACUCCGCUCCAGGUGAAGCUAGGACGGCUUGCGAACUGGAUUGGAUAUCUUGGCUCAGCUGCUGCCAUUAUACUAUUCUUUGUCCUCUUGUUCCGAUUUAUCUCUGAUCUUCCGAAUCACCCCAAUACGGGCCCUGCUGAGAAGGGCAAGGAAUUCGUGGAUAUUUUGAUUGUUGCCGUGACUGUUAUUGUUGUUGCUAUCCCAGAGGGCUUGCCAUUGGCAGUAACGCUUGCCCUUGCUUUUGCCACAACACGCAUGGUAAAAGAGAACAAUCUUGUUCGAGUUCUUCGUGCCUGUGAAACGAUGGGCAAUGCCACCGUGGUAUGCUCCGACAAAACAGGCACUCUGACACAGAAUAAGAUGACCGUGGUCGCUGGUACCUGGGGCUCCGAUCAAAAAUUCGGCUUUGCGUCGGAGAUUGAUGAUGACACCGGUAUGCAGACCACCUCAGAGGCCUUUCAACGGUGCUCACCCCUGGUCCGCAAUCUCAUCACUAAGAGCGUUGCAUUGAACUCGACUGCGUUUGAAGAGGAACGAGAUGGCUGCAAGGAGUUUGUGGGGAGCAAGACUGAAGUCGCACUUCUUCAGCUUGCACAGGUCUAUCUGGGCAUGGAUCUUGCUUCAGUGCGCGGUUCUGCUGAAAUUAUCCAGCUCAUUCCAUUCGACUCCGCGCGAAAGUGCAUGGGUGUUGUAUACUUUCAAUCUGAUGCAGGGUAUCGUCUCCUUGUCAAAGGGGCAGCCGAAAUUAUGGCCGAUGCCUGCAGUAUGAAAAUCACCGAUAUUGAUAUGUCUAAAGAGAAAAUCCAUACAGAGUCACUGCAAAAGACGGACAGACAAAAAAUCAUAAGGAUGAUCGAUCAGUACGCCCAGGGAUCUCUUCGGACAAUCGGAAUGGUGUACAGGGACUUCGAUGUCUGGCCACCGAAACAAGCUCAAAAACUCGAUGACGAUCCGUCUGUCGCUAACUUCGAUGAUGUCUUCCGAGACAUGACUUGGAUCGGAGUUGUGGCAAUUCAGGACCCUGUUCGACCCGAGGUUGUUCCAGCAAUCCGCAAGUGUCAUUCUGCAGGAGUGCAGGUCAAAAUGGUGACGGGAGAUAAUGUCGCGACCGCCAUCGCUAUUGCAUUAUCUUGUGGCAUCUUGACUGAAAAUGGGCUGGUCAUGGAAGGUCCUCAGUUUCGGCAGCUGCCAGAUGAGGAGAUGGACCGUGUGAUUCCCCGUCUGCAGGUGUUGGCGCGUUCAUCUCCCGAUGACAAACGUACUUUAGUGGCACGGCUCAAGGCCAUUGGCGAAACAGUCGCAGUCACAGGAGACGGCACGAAUGAUGGGCCUGCUUUGAGAACUGCAGAUGUCGGCUUCUCUAUGGGCAUAGCUGGUACUGAGGUUGCCAAGGAAGCCAGCUCUAUCAUUCUUUUAGAUGAUAACUUCAAGUCCAUCGUUACGGCUAUUGCUUGGGGACGAGCGGUCAAUGACGCUGUUGCCAAGUUUUUGCAGUUCCAGAUCACGGUCAAUAUCACGGCCGUUAUCUUGACAUUUGUUUCAUCUGUGUCCAGCAGCUCUAACACCAGCGUCCUGAAUGCUGUGCAGCUACUUUGGGUGAACCUGAUUAUGGAUACUUUUGCAGCUUUGGCCUUAGCCACCGAUGCUCCUACAGAGAAAAUCUUGGAUCGCAAACCUGUGCCUAAAAGUGCUUCACUGUUUACAAUGACCAUGUGGAAGAUGAUUCUUGGGCAGACAGUAUACAAACUCACAGUCAUCUUCAUACUCUAUUUCGCCGGAGACAAACUCCUCGGCGCGCACCUCGAUAAUUCAGACCUUGAUCAUCGAUCAAAACAGCUAUCUACAGUCGUCUUUAACACAUUCGUCUGGAUGCAGAUCUUCAACAUGUUCAAUAAUCGCCGCCUCGAUAACAAAUUCAAUAUCUUCGAAGGCAUGUUCCGGAACUACUGGUUUCUGGGCAUCACCGCCAUCAUAGUUGGCGGCCAAGUCAUGAUCGUAUACAUUGGCGGUGCGGCCUUUGGCGUGACCCGAAUCAAUGGCAUUCUCUGGGCCAUUUGCCUAAUAUGCGCCCUCGGUUGCGUUCCAUGGGCUGUCAUCUUGCGUAUCAUUCCAGAUCGCCAUUUCGGAGUUCUAUUUAACGCAGUAGUUGGCGGAAUGACAUUUCUACUGCUGCCGUUCUUCAACGGUUUCAAGGCCCUUCUUCGCGGCAUGAAGGAAUUUUGUUGCCUUUGA